AUGACAACUAGCCAUGUUUCAAAAGCCGCCAAGGGUCAACAAAGACGUCGCCGUAGAGAGAAGAGCGAGAAAGACGCGCCAGUACCAAAGGCAGCCAUGAAGAAAACCAAGAAGACAAAACCACGAAAGAAGCUCAAUCCCCCUGGAACCAAACUAGUGCCAAUUCAAAUAAAUAGCGAUGCUGAUGAUGAUGAACUCCAGCUCCUCAAUACGCGCCCAGUCAUCGACAUCCCAAAGUCAGUUCAAACCAGCACAACUGAUCACGAGCUUGAGGAGUUCCAAGAGGAAGAAAUUGAAGCCAGAAAUCAAGCAAAUGAUUUGGUUCAAUACUUUAACCUUGCGAUUGAUGAUGAGACAUCUGACGACGAAAGUGGGGAUGAUGAUCCAUUGGAAGAGCUCUGGCCAAUAUUCUCUGGCUGCCUUUCUUCUAGCGAGAACUCUGUUAAGAAACGUGUGUUGAAAUCUGGAAAGAAUGGCUAUCAAAAACCUCUUUCAAACCCAGAUUCCUCCUCUCAAAAACUUCUCCCAGCACCAAUCCCAAAACAGACAAAACAUGAUCGGAAAAAGCGUCAAAUCAAAGCCAUUGGAGCCAACAAUCAGAUGUUCAAGAACUAUUUCAUCCGUCUUGAACCAGUUAAAAACGCAACAGUCAAUCCAGCUAUCGAUCCAGACCUUGAAUCAGCUUCUCUACAGGACAGUUUUUUAAAUCAGAACCAACCGGUCACUAGCAAGUCUCUCGAUUCCCACCAAAAAGAAACAAACGAUGAGUCUCUCAAUGCGCGCUUUACGUCCAUAUUGGAAAAUCGUCUGUCAGCCAUCAAGGCACCAAAGUCUGCCAGCAUCUCUGAGAAAGCUUGUGCUGAAUGGGAAGAGCUGAACUCAGCGCUAAACACAGCAACCUUAUGCUACAAACAAAAAGAGAAGAAAAAAAAAAAAAUCAAGUUUCCUCAAGCAAUGAUGAACAAUCUUUAUCUUUUUAACAAUCUCUGUCUCGAAUACACUCUCAAUGGAACCAAAUCCCCCAGCUCCACUGCUUCACUUAAAGCUGCCCAGUCUGCCAUCAAGCAGCUUCCAAUGGGAACUGUUCCUCCCAAAAAUAGAAGUGGGAUCUAUCUUUCUCGAUUGAUUUCAAGGCAAGCUACGCACGUAAUCAACAAUAAGCACCUCUCCAAAGUGAAGCAAGGAAAUUGCAAGACUCAUGCUUCAUUAUUGGAUAAUGCUGAGCUUCGAAAGACUUUGUUUACUUGGGCAGCGUCUCAAGUUCCGGGUCAUGUUACUCCAAUUACAUUCCAACAAUACGUGAUUAAUACAAUCUUCCCCAAGUUCAACAUAGAAAAAAGCAUCAGCCGUAAAUCUGCAACUCGCUGGAUGAUAAAGCUUGGAUAUAGACCUCAAGAGCACCAAAAGACACUCUACUUUGAUGGACACAAGCGAUCGGAUUUCAUUGAAGCUCGGAAGAAGUACAUUGAAGAUUUUGAAAACUAUCGAAAGCGGUCAAGAAUAUAUGGUGGCGAUAAUCUGGAUACUGCUUCCCAGGUCGAUCCUGAAGUACUAGGCAAAAUGAAAGAAACCGUUUUCAUUUUUCAUGACGAGUCCACCAUCCAUGCCAAAGAGCGACCGAAGUUGUCUUGGCUGCUUCCUGGGACACAAGAAAUCAGAUCAAAAAACAUUGGCCGGCUAAUUCACAUCUCCGACUUCAUUCUGGAGACCACCGUAAGGUUAUAA